AUUCAUAUCUCAUUUUGGACUGUGCACCAAAAGACCAAAACCAUGAGUGUUUCCCACGAGUCCUGCCUCCUGGACCAGGUGCUGGAGCUGAUUAUGAAUGAGAAGCCCCCAAACACCAACAGCCUGUUCCUGAACGAGGAUUCUGAGAAGCCCCACCUCCCGGAGCGAGGCCUGAAGCAGCUGCGCAAGGCCAUGCAGAAGCAGGCGUCCAGCGCCCAGAAGAGGAUGAGCUCCAUCACACGCCAGAGCGUCAGGAACUUCCUGCGCCGGAACACCUUUGUGCUCUUCACCGUGGCUGCAGUCGCACUAGGUGUCAUACUGGGUUUUGCUCUUCGUCCUCGCAAGAUGAGCUUCAGGGAGAUCAAGUAUUUCUCCUUCCCAGGGGAGCUCCUUAUGAGGAUGCUGCAGAUGCUGGUCCUGCCACUCAUUGUUUCCAGUCUGGUCACAGGGAUCUCCUCUCUGGACAGCAAAGCCUCUGGGAAGAUGGGGAUACGAGCCGUCAUAUAUUACAUGGUUACCACCUUCGUCGCUGUCUUCAUUGGCAUUGUCAUGGUGAUAAUCAUUCGGCCAGGGAAAGGCAACAGGGACAGUCCAGUGCCCUCCAGUGGCAACAUUGAGCCAGUACAAGCUGCAGAUGCCUUCCUGGAUCUCAUCAGAAACAUGUUCCCUCCGAAUUUGGUAGAAGCAUGUUUUAAGCAGUACAAAACAGUCUAUUCCAAGAAGGUCUACAAGAAGAAUGUGACCAUCGCCGUCAACCUCACGGAGGCUGUCAAUGCCACUGAGGCAUCCUUCCCAGCCAAUCUGAGCAGAAUUUUGCAGACCAUUCAGGAGACUGUGGAGGAGGUGGUGCCCGUGCCAGGUUCCUCCAAUGGGGUGAAUGCCUUGGGCCUGGUGGUUUUCUCCAUGUGCUUCGGCUUGGUCAUCGGCAAUAUGAAACAAAAGGGCCAGGCACUGCGUGAAUUCUUUGAUUGCCUCAACGAAGCCAUCAUGCGCCUGGUGGCCAUCAUCAUCUGGUAUGCCCCGGUGGGAAUCCUCUUCCUGAUUGCGGGGAAGAUUGUGGAGAUGAAGGACCUGGUGGAAGUGGGCGGUCAGCUGGGCAUGUACACUGUCACCGUGAUCGUGGGUCUGCUCAUCCACGGCCUCUUCGUCCUGCCUCUGCUCUACUUCGUCGUCACACGAAAGAACCCCUACGUCUUCAUCGGAGGGCUGCUGCAGGCGCUCAUCACAGCCUUAGGGACCUCAUCCAGCUCUGCCACCCUUCCCAUCACCUUCCGAUGCCUGGAAGAGAACAACGGUGUUGACAAGAGAGUGACACGCUUCGUCUUACCAGUGGGUGCCACCAUCAACAUGGAUGGCACUGCCCUCUAUGAGGCUGUGGCUGCUAUCUUCAUUGCUCAGGUCAAUGACAUGGACCUCAACUUCGGCCAGAUCCUCACCAUCAGUAUCACAGCAACAGCUGCCAGCAUUGGAGCAGCAGGCAUCCCUCAGGCUGGUCUGGUAACCAUGGUGAUUGUAUUGACAUCGGUUGGACUGCCUACUGAGGACAUAACGCUGAUCAUUGCUGUGGAUUGGUUCCUGGACCGUCUGAGGACCACCACCAAUGUGCUGGGCGACUCCCUGGGUGCAGGCAUCGUGGAGCACCUCUCCCGCCAGGAGCUUCAGAAUCAGGAUGCAGAGAUAGGCAACUCUGUCAUCGAGGAGAGUGAAAAGCCCUACCAGCUGAUCUGCCAGGACAACGACACAAUGAAGCACCGCAACAGUGAGACCACCAUGUGAGAAGGGUCCUUCCCUGCCCUCCACCACUGUCAACUGCAAAGAGUGAUCGGGCACACUCAAACGCAGGGGAAUUGAUACAUAUUCCCAGCAAAGACACGCAGUAGUUAACACCCUCCUCUUUC